ACGUUCUCCUUUGUUCAUUUCUUACUCUCAUUCACUAAUAAUGGCUUCUCUAACAGAAGACUCAGACCUAAUCUCAAAACUAGAAUCCUCCACUUCAACUCAUAUCUAUUCUGACUUCUCAAAUUACCUAAUCCCCUUCGACGAUUUCAAAAAUUCCGAUAAAUCUCAAACCCUAACUCGGUCUCUAGCCAAACAGUUCCUUCCCUUCCUCAAUCGCUCACUUUCAAUCAUACCAAAACGCCUUUCUGAUCUCUCUAAAUCUAAGGACAUCCCAAAAGAGAUUGUUUCUGGACUGCUUGAUACCUACAGAUUGUGCUUAGAUUGUUUAGAAUUAGUAGCCUCACAGCUGUCAUGUAAGUCGUACACUGUAAGUAUACAGAGGCUGAGGUUGGUUUACUGUUUGGAGCAAUUACGGCUUUACAAGGAAGCGGAAAAUGAGGGGUUUAGAGUUUUGCAGAAGAUUAAGGGCUUGGAUGUGAUAAAGAAAAAGAAGAAGGAGAAGGAUAAGUUUCUGCCGGUCCUUGCGGUGAAGGAGAAUGUGGAUUCGGAGCUUGCCAAGCUGGUCAUUGAGGUCGUGGUGUGCAUUGUGAAGUGUGUGGCUUUGGAGCAGAGCAAGGAUUGUGAGGAUUAUAGGAGGGUUAUUGGGUUGGUUGAUGAGGUUAGGCCGUGGUUCAGAGAGUUGGAUGCCAAUACACAUGAGAAGCUACAUAGAGUGCUUGUUACGUACUUGGGAAAAUGCACUUUAUUUUUGGUUGGGGAGCUAUCAAAUUUUGAUGGGGGCAUAGUGCAUUCUUUCUGUGUGACAGCAGUUGACGAGUAUAUAAAGUCAUCCUUGAAAGAUCAAAUUUACAAGUUUGCUCGCCGGAUCUGUUCCUCCCUAUUCUUGCAUCAGUAUGACAUACCUCAAUUUGUAAUUGACAUUUUGAAAAGCAUUUUGGACUCCCUGGCCAGUAGGUGCAAGGUUGAAGACCAAAAUUUGGAAAUAGAAUUUGUUCAACUUGUCUCUUAUUGUGCUGAUAAAUGUCGAACUGCAAGUACAAAUUUCUGCAGUACUGUCGAAGCACAUCUAAAUAACAUAGCUGAUGUUUUUUGUCAGGCUAGGGAACCAAUGGAUAAGAUUUUGAGGCUAUAUGCUAUUGGAUUGACCAUUACUGAUAGUGUUGUUAAUUCCAGAGUCGAUGAUGCUACAUCCUCCAAAAGCUCAAAGGAUGAGCCUGCAUUCAAUAGUUUGCUUACUCAUGGAGCUAGGCUUUCAGAUUUCGCACCCCUGCUUGGUUCACUGCAAAGUUUCUUUUAUGUUGGAUGCGAGGAGAACUGUGUGUCAUGUGGGGUUGAGUACAAGGAUUCUGAUAGUCUAUUAUAUUCAGAGUCAGAUUCUCAUUAUGGAAUCUCGUUAGCUUGCAAACAGAAGAAUAGAAAGGUUUAUCUGCUGAGCUACUUAAGUGCUUUGAAGUUCUUGUGUCAGCCACUUGCUGCACUAGUAAACUCAGAGAAAAAACAAAUUGUUACUGAAAAUGGUGUUGCUUCUAUUUCUACUAUACUGUUCAGCAUCCAAGAAGCAUUUGAUAAAUUUUUUGAUAUCUUCCUACUUUUUCAAAGUACAGCAUCUGAAGGAGAGGGGGAUGAGUUUGAUGAAAACAUUAUACUUAGUGUUGCUGUAGCUGCCUUUACUAUCUCCAUCAGGACCAAGCUAAAAUUGCAGAAGAGUGUGCAUGUAAUGAAGCACAUCCUUGACAGUAAAUGGAUUCAACCCCAGGGGCUGAAGUACUUAUUUUCCUCUCUUUACAAUCUUGGCAUACAUUUAUACAGGAAUAAGCAAGUAAAUGAGGCUUCAAAGGCAUUAAAGUUAUCUUGCAGAGCAUCCUGGACUUGUGCUGUUCUUUUCUGUCAAAUGUAUAUGAACAAAUCCAAUGGUGAUCUUUCAGAAGAUGUUAUUUCUGAUUUCAUUACAGAGGCAUGUACACGAACUGCUUUUCUUUUGGACAUUGUCUAUCAGUGUGGCAGUCUUAAACUAAAGAAGAUAAUUGUAAAUGGUCUUGAAAAUUGGUCUGUUGCUGAAGAUUUAUUUAGAAGUCUGCCAGGUCCUAUGCCUUUGGUGAAGCAAUGGGUGAAGAUAGAAUGCAAACGAAUUAAGAACUUGGAUGUGGAUGAUGAAGCUUCAACCUUAUAUCAUUUGUUGUCAUCUUCAAAGAAAUUGUCGAAGAGGACAAUUGGCAAAAUCUUACAGCAGGAGCUUAAUGCAUAUGAAGAGAUGGACAUUAUGUACCCAGAAUUGUGCCAGAGAAUGCAACUUGAAAUAAUAGAUAUUCUCUUGCAAGACGUGUAUGUCAUGCAAGAUAGUUGUUUAGAGAGAUCAAGACUUUUACUAAGAAAGGGACGAGCAUUGAGGGCCUUUGGUUUUAACGGUUUGAGGGACUGUAUACAAUGUCUGACAGAUGCAAUAUCUGUAAUUAAUGCUGGAAAACAUGGUGGUGGAAUUCCAACUUCUCUUCAAUUAGCCAUGGCACAUUGCUUACGUGGUUUGUGUAUCCAGGAAGCUGAGCCAAAUUCAAAGCAAGUCCUUCAAGAUGUCCAAGCUGCUAUAAGUAUAUGGUUGAGUAUUCCAAUAUCAGAUGAUGGCAAUUUAUUAUCUGGCAGUGGAUUGAUACUGCUGUAUAAUAUAGUAGAUUUACUAGCAGCAAAGGGUUCCAUGGAAUUUCACUACAAUGUAUAUAAACUGAUGAUUAGAAUAUUGGAACUAAAAAAUGUACCAUUGGAGAAGUUCUUGUCAAUCUUGUGGGAGAGUAGAAGGCUUAGUCAUGCCCUCUGCAUUUCACCUGUAUAUGAUGAGUUGCUGAUGAACUUAUCAAGGGAUUAUGGCGAACAAUUCAAGUCUACUGGUUUUUGGAUUCAUUGUCUAAAGGCGUCUCCACCUUUAUUAGUUGGGUUUCAACAAAACUUCUCAUAUUUAUUUACAAGUGUACCGUGCAGCUCUGGUGAUCAUGAGACUCCUUUUCAGUCAGAUAUCACAGUUGAUGAUGUUAAACAGGCUGCUUUGGAACUCGUUUCAAGGGCUCCUGUGACCAGUUGUUCUAUUUUCUUUGCUGGAUGCCUCUACUACGAUUUGUGUGAAAAACUCAUUGCAAGUGGACACAUAUUUGAGGCUCUUUCUUAUGCAAAAGAAGCCCAUCGGUUGCGUACUAAACUCUUCCAAGAGAAAUUUACAUACUCUGUUGAGCAGCAAACUGAAAAGCACAUUGAAGUUGGGGAUCAUUCUCAAAAGCUUACCUAUGCUAUUCGCAAUCUACGAGUGAACAAAUCAAUUGCUUGUAAAUUGUGGUACUCUGAUGGUAAAUCAUCGGAUGAGGAAGUCUAUUAUCUUAGUCCAUGGAAAAUACUUCAGUGUUAUCUUGAAAGCACUCUGCAGGUUGGAACUGUUCAUGAAAUAGUUGGAAAUGGAGGCGAGGCUGAAACUUUUUUGUUGUGGGGAAAAGACAUCUCCUGCCAACAAAGCUUGCCACUGUUUGUAGUUGCCUUCUCUUCUGUUUUAGGAAAAGUAUAUCGUAAGAAAAGGUCUUGGGAUCUCUCACAAAAGGAACUUCAAAGUGCCAAACAGAAUUUGGAGAGUAGGAGCUCUGCUUUUUCUUGCUUAAAAUGCAGAUUGAUACUGGAAGUCACUGUUGAUCAGCAACUUGCUGAUUUAUCCCGAAAUUGUAUUUUUGAUGCCGCAAGAAAUGUUUCAUUGGAGAGGUUAUCUCAUGCUGAAAGUUUGUAUAAAUCAUCCCUUGACAAAUUGAAUCUUUCUGAAUGGAAGAAUUCUACUAGUUUUCCUGAAAAAGUUGAUGAUGGAACAACAAACAAAUGUGCUUGUUCUGACACAAGUCGGCCAGAUAUGAUGGAUUUUGUUUCCACAAGAUCAGGGCCUAAUGCAAAGAUGAAAGGCAGAAAGAAUAGACAGACUAAGCCUAGUGCGAAAUCUUCAUUAAAAGAGCAAUCAUCUAUGACUGAGUGUAAUACGAGACUAACUCGUUCUAGAUAUCGCUCUUCUCAAAACCAAAAUGUGAACAGUUCAGAAGAGGAGCAACAUGGCCUUUUCAAACAUCCGAAUGACUAUAGUGCAUGUGAUUUGAAUGAUGCUAACAGCCAAAGGAAGUUAUUGUUAGAAACGAGAAGCAGCACGGUGGAUUUUGGAUGUGAGGUUGUAUGCAUUUGCAACAAAUUGAAAUGCUGGUUUUGUCUUGCUAUGGAAGUUAAAGAGUCUGGACUACUGAUGAAUUUCAUAAAUAUGAAAUGGGAGCUUGUUCGAAGGCGGCUCUCCCUCAGGAUACUAAGUAGCAGAGGAAAAUGCCUCCAAAUUCAUGGCGAAAUCCAUGAAGCACAUGAAAUUAUUCUGCAAAGUGCCUCUGUUCUAGUCAGCCGGAACCCAUUCACUCAAUCUUAUUCUGCUGUUUCACACACUUUUUUGCUUGAUUUGGUUGGGACAGAGUACUCUGGGGAUGUAUUUGCUGUUGAACGGGCAGCUUUACUGUUCGACAUAUGCUGGUUCUCUUUGAAGAGUUACCAUUCCAAAGACAACAGGACCAUCUGCUGUGAUCUAUCCCAUGUUAAAUUACAGAAAGUAGCUUCCUGGUUGAUGCUAGCCUUUGUACUAUGCCGCGAAGUUCCUAAACUUUUUCAGAAGGUUUCCAGAUUGCUUUCUGGUAUUUUUACUCUUUCUUCAUCAAGUGAGCAUUUUUCUUUGCCAUCUUAUUGCAAAGUGCUCUCUGAAGGUCAUUGGGCGUCAUAUUUUCAUCAAGCUUCACUUGGUACUCAUCAUACUUGCCAGUUCUUUUCAAGUAUCACCCAGAAACAUAAAGCUGAACAUCUUGAAGAUGAUCAGGGUUCACAAGUGACUGGUGCAACAUGCAAAGGAGCAGAAACAUGUAACUUACCAAGUCUUGCUCCCAAGUCUCUUCAAGAUAUGGAACAUUUUGUGACAGAUUUUUUCUCAAGCCUUCCUUCCACAAUGGUUGUUUGCAUAAGUUUGAUUGGAGAUCCUUAUGCAACUUUAUUACAAGAAUUACUCAUGUAUCCUUCACGUGUUUGUGCAUGGAUGCUGUUGUCACGCUUGAAUUCUAAGAGCCAUCCUAUUAUGAUGCUUCUGCCAGUGGAUUUGAUUUCAGAAGAAACCUCAGAUGAUGAUGCACCAAAUCCUGGCUCUGAAGAAUUUCCAGAAAGCAAUGACUUGGAUAAACAUUGGCACUGUCCCUGGGGUUUCACUGUCAUUGAUGAAGUUUCUCCUGCAUUUAAACUUAUAUUGGAGGAGAAUUACUUAUCUUCAUCAAUCUUUCCUCUGGAGGACACCAAAGAGAAUAGAACUUUAUGGUGGAUGAGGAGAAAGAAGCUGGAUUUUCAACUUGGUAAACUGCUGAGGAAAAUGGAAGAUCUGUGGUUGGGUCCCUGGAGGUGUGUGCUUCUUGGAGAAUUGUCCGACAGCAAGCACCUAGACUCCGUACAGAAGAAGCUGAUGCGAAAUCUGAAAUCCAAAUGUAAAGUUGAUGUUAAUGAAAGUUUUCUCAAGGUUAUUCUUGGAGGAGGAAAGUCCGUGUUAGAUGCAGAAGCAUGUAUUUAUGACAUAUUAUUUCUGAAAAAGGGUUGCUUCAUUGGGAAAGUUAUAUAUUCUGAUGAAGAAACAUGCAAGAUAUUGACUAAAGAAUUUGGAGUUCAAAAAUUGCCAAACUUGGCUAUCCAAUUGAUACACGAGGCUGUGAAUGAACUUGAAGUGGACAUUGUAACUAGAGAACCCCUAAUUUUGGUGCUGGAUUUUGAGGUGCAGAUGCUUCCAUGGGAGAAUUUACCUGUUCUUAGAAACCAAGAGGUCUAUCGGAUGCCUUCUGUUGCUAGCAUCUGCUCAACGCUCGAUAGAAGCUGCAACAAUCAAGAGCAAGUUGGGAGAAUAUUUUCUGCCUUUCCUUUCAUAGAUCCCUUGGAUGCAUUUUACUUGUUAAAUCCAAGUGGUGAUCUAAGCAGCACACAAGUUGAAUUUGAGAACUGGUUUAGGGAUCAAAACUUGGAGGGGAAAGCUGGAUGUGCUCCCACUGCUGAAGAACUGACUUCAGCUUUAAAGAAUCACGACCUCUUCUUAUAUUUUGGUCAUGGAAGCGGUGCACAAUACAUUUCUCAGCAAGAGAUUCAAAAACUGGAAAACUGUGCUGCUACUCUCCUGAUGGGAUGCAGUAGCGGAGCCUUGUCAUUAAAUGGAAGUUAUAUUCCACACGGUACUCCAUUAUCCUAUCUUCUAGCUGGUUCACCAGUCAUUGUUGCAAAUCUUUGGGAAGUCACGGACAAGGAUAUCGAUCGAUUUGGGAAGGUAAUGCUUGAUGCCUGGUUAAAGGAAAGAUCUAUUGCUUCCUCAGAUUGCAUCCAAUGCAAUUUACUAGCAGAAGAAUUUGAGGCCAUGAACUUAAAGGAUCGGAAAGUUGCUACCAAGAAGAGAGUACAAAAGAAGAAAGAACCUGAAACUUGUGAUGGUGAUGCCUUGAAGAAUUCUUGUAAUCAUAGACCGAAGAUUGGAUCAUUCAUGAGUCAAGCUCGUGAAGCUUGCAGACUCCCUUAUCUGAUUGGAGCAUCUCCAGUAUGUUAUGGCGUCCCUACAGGUAUAAGAAGAAAGAAGGAUUUAUAGCAUAUGGCUUCACUGCCUUGUAUUUUGCCAAAUUGGCAAGGAUUUGAUUAAAGCUAAGAUCACUGCAAGAUCUAACCCAACACAAGAAUUAUAACAUCAAUGGCACAGCUUUGCCAGAAGAUUCAGCUAACAUCCAUUGAUAGUUUCAAUUUUCUGUAUUCGCUUCUAACUUUCCUCAGAAAUUAAGGGGGGGGGGGGGGGGGGGGGGGGGGGGGGGGGGGGGCGGCGGCUUUGAAGUCUGCAAAGUGGAAGGACAAGUUAAGUUGCAAGUUUUUUGUCCUCCUGUGGCACAAGUAUUCAUUCUUCUAUAAAUAUCUUCAUUCUUUUUUUUUUAAUCCCAAGGAAUUGGGGAGUAUACCUUGUUUUCUCUUGUACAAAGAUGUAAUUUAAUUCGUACAUUUGUUUGGAUGUGCAUCUUAAGGUGUUGGAACUUUUAUUUUAGUCUCGGGUAAUUACUUAGCACUUGUAUUUUGUCGAAUUAUAUAAGUUACUUUUUAACAUUUAAAAAUUUAUUUUUUAUU